AUGCCUUUCGGUCUCAAGAAUGCGGGUGCUACUUACCAGCGACUUGUCAAUCGAAUGUUCUCCGAACAGCUCGGAAAGACUAUGGAAGUGUACAUCGAUGACAUGCUCGUAAAAUCCCUUAACAAACACCACCACGUAUCCCACUUGGAAGAGUGCUUCACAAGGCUGAACCUACAUAACAUGAAACUAAACCCGGCAAAAUGUAGGUUCGCAGUCGCAUCAGGAGAGUUUCUCGGUUAUCUGGUCACGUGUCGCGGGAUCGAGGCCAACCCGAAACAGAUAAACGCACUGAUAGAAAUGGUCUCACCAAAAACAAAACAAGAAGUCCAAAGGCUAACCGGAAGGGUCUCAGCUUUGAACCGUUUCAUCUCACAUUCGACGGACAAGUGCCUGCCUUUCUACGACACGUUGAAAGGGAAAAUUUUUUUCGAAUGGUCGGAAGAGUGCGAAAAGGCUUUCCAACAGCUGAAGCGUUACCUGGCCACUCCUCCUGUUCUUGCAAAACCAUUAGAGGGAGAACCUCUAUUCUUAUACAUCACGGUCUCCGCAGCAGCUGUAAGUGGCAUUUUGAUCAGAGAAGAACGCGGUGAACAAAAACCAAUCUUUUACAUAAGUAAAACCUUGCUGGACGCUGAGACGUGGUACCCCUUGAUGGAAAAACUAUCAUUCGCUGUUGUAACAUCGACGAGAGAGCUCAGGCCAUAUUUCAAAUCUCAUACCAUAGUGAUUCUCACCACCUUUCCCCUGCGCACGAUUCUGGACAGUCCGAGUCAGUCAGGACGGCUCGCCAAACGGGCAAUCGAACUGAGUGAGUACGAUGUCGAGUACCGCCCAAGAACCUGCGUAAAAUCUCAGGUGCUGGCGGAUUUCUUAGUAGAAUUGCCCACGGGGGAUAUGACAAACACGGAACAAGAUUCAACUUGGGUUCUUUACGUCGAUGGAUCAUCGUCCAAACAAGGAUUCGAAAUUGGGAUUCGGCUCACGUUGCCCACCGGGGAAAUCUUGGAACAGUCGUUCCGGUUAGAAUUCCAUGCAUCAAACAACGAGGCUGAAUAUGAAGCACUCAUUGCAGGAUUACGACUAGCCCAUGGGCUGAAGAUUUGCAACAUCCACCCUUACUGCGAUUCUCAGUUAGUCGCAAAUCAAUACAGCGGAGAAUAUGAGGCAAGAGACGCAUAUCUAAAACUCGUCCCGGACCUGGCCCAAGACUUCAACCACUUCGCCCUCACCAGAAUUCCUCGCUCGGAAAACACCCAGGCAGAUGCCUUGGCCGCGCUCGCGUCAAGCUCGGAUCCAGGACUAAAACGGGUAAUCCCCGUGGAAUUCAUUGAACAUCCGAGCAUUGGACCACCGGUGAUCGCCAAUCUGAUUUGGGGACAAAUUGAAGAUGCGGAGGAAAUCGAAGAUCCACCAGAAGGAAAGAUGGAUCAGGCAGAAUACAGUUGCGACAGCCCAUGGCUAGAGCCGAUCCGAGCCUACAUAGUCGACGGAACGCUGCCCGCCGAGAAAUGGGCGGCACGCAAAAUUAAAACCCAAGCCGCACGAUAUGUAAUGGUAGAGGGAGAAAUCUACAAAUGGAGAUUCUCCGGCCCACUCAUGACCUGCGCCGAGGGAGAGAAAGCGAGAAAAGUGAUGGAAGAGGUCCAUUCCGGAUCGUGCGGAAACCACUCCGGUGGAAGGCACGGGGUCCCUUACGAAAUCAUAACAGACAACGGAUCUCAGUUCAUCUCUACCCGAUUUGAAGGGUUCUGCGAGAAGUGGAAGAUACGGCUGAACAAGUCAACUCCUAGAUAUCCACAAUGUAACGGCCAGGCAGAGACCAUUAACAAAACCGUCCUUGACGGGGUAAAAAAGAGCUUAGAAGCCAAAAAGGGACGAUGGGCAGAUGAGCUCGAAGGAGUUCUUUGGUCACAUCGUACAACCCCAAGACGGGCUACGGGAGAAACCCCCUUCGCCCUCGUAUACGAAACGGAAUGCAUGAUCCCAGUGGAAGUAGAAUUUCCCAGAGUGCGGAGAAGAUUCCUCCCCGAACGAGAAGAUCUCAACAACGCGAUGCUGCUGGACAAACUCGAUCUCAUUAACGAGCGACGAGACCUAGCUCUCAUAAGAAUCCAGAACUACCAGCACGCUGCCGCGAAAUACUACAAUUCAAAUGUUCGCCACCGCAGGUUCAAGGAAGGUGAUCUGGUUCUGCGCAAAGUCUUCCAAAACACUGUCCAACGUAAUGCAGGAAAACUGGGAGCAAACUGGGAAGGACCAUACAAGAUCAUAAAGGUGGUCCGACCAGGAUCGUACCAAAUCACGAACAUGCAAGGUAUCAAGAUUCAAAGAACCUGGAACGCGAUACAUCUUAAAAAAUAA